AUGGUAUUUCUCGUUGAUGUGCGGUUGAGAUAUUCGGUUUUCUUGAUUAUCAGUGAUACACUGAAAGAAGUCCAAAUGCAACAUGGAUCUAAGAACAGCUUUAUGUUUACCAAUGCUCUGACCAGGGCCAUAGAAAGCAAAUUGACCAAGUUGAAGCACGAGAAGAUCAAAGAUGGGGUAAUUCUGGAAGCAGUAGACUUCUUUUUAGAGGGGCAGGGAGCGAUGGAAAUAAGCGCUCAUCCAACCGAUGCCCAAGCUAGCAUAGUGCGAAGCCUUGUCAAAGUGGUUUUACAUCAGGUUGGAGCUAGUGGCAGCUAUGACCUGAGUGAGGGCCAAGAAAACCUGCUGAUAUCACUGUGCGUAGAGACUAUGCAAGUUGAGAGUGUGUCUGAGAGAUGUGAUAUAUUGCGUCGUGAAAAAUCUCUUACAGAUGCAGUUGAGCAGGGUUUGAAGUAUGGGUUCGAAAGUGAAAACCACCUUAAUAGUGGUCUAGAUCAAUUCUGCAUUCGAUUUUACUGCUGUUCUUCCCCACAGCAGAUGCGCCGACCUCCUGAUAGAAUAAUGGAGGAAUUCGAUAAAAUAGAUAUCCAAGAUGACACUGAAAAUGACAAUGACGGUGAAACUUUGGCGAGUGUGAAUCCUGCAUUAGAGGCACUAUAUAUCAGUUCAGGAACUUUAAGCCAAGCAAGAAUACAGCUACUUCCUACGGUAGAAUAUGAUGGCUUAUGGGAGGCGCUUCAUUUUGAUAGCAACAUCAAACAGAAGCUGUUCUCCUACGCGACAAUUUCACUCAAGAUUUCACAGUUUUCGAGUAAAACUAUUUCCGACGCCGUGAUUUCCAAUAACAAGCUUCUACUCAUCCAUGGGCCUCCUGGCACCGGGAAAACUACUGUUUGCAGAGCAUUGUGCCAAAAGCUAUCUAUCAGAUACCCUCAAAAUGACUUAGGCACAUUUUAUAGUACGGAUUACCGCGCGCUGAUUAUAGAAAUUUCUUGUUCUCGAGUGUUUUCACGAUGGUUUGGUGAAUCCUCUAAAAAUCUGGAUAACAUAUUCAAGGAUGUUGAGAAAUUACUUAUUGAAAACACUGAGCGUGGAAGAUUUGUGUGCCUUCUAAUGGAUGAGGUGGAAACUAUAGCAUCUUCGCGAUCAUCACAAAUAAAUAAGAAUGAAACGACUGAUGGGAUUCGUGUAGUUAAUACACUUCUCACUCAGCUCGAUAAUCUCAAAAAAUACAACAACUUUCUAGUGUUAGCAACAUCCAAUCUGGUCGAUUCGCUGGAUACCGCUUUUACGGAUCGAGCCGAUGGUAUUUUCUACAUCGGAAUUCCUUCAGAAGAAGGUACCGAGAAACUUUUGACAUCCACUAUCGGAGAAUUAAUUAACACACAGAUCAUCACUUCCAGCAAUGGCGUGGAAAAACUAAAAGAGCAAGAAAUCAAACAAUGCGUCACUGCAAUUGCUCACCGCUGUUCUUCACUUAGAAUGAGCGGAAGGACGCUUAGAAAACUUCCAUUAGUUUGUUUGUCCGAAUUUUUGCCCGAGUUACCAGUGACAAUAGACGAUUUCCUAGUUGCCUUGGCGCUUUCAGUGCAAGGUCAUUAUAAGGGCAAUCACGUGUACCCUCCUUGA